UUUUAAUGCAGUUAAAAAGGGAGAAGUCAAUAUGGGGAUAGAGAGUGACAUUAGUUCUAUACUACAUGGAGAUCCAACUUUGCUGCAUAAAGAUAUUGAUGUUUUGACUGAAGCAGACAUAACCAAGUUUGUACCAAAAACCAAAUACAAUAUGUGUUAUAUAUGUGCGGCUAUACUCUUCGAUGACAAUGGUGAUGUCUUGCUUAUUCAAGAAGCCAAAGUAUCAUGUAGGGGAACAUGGUACUUGCCAGCUGGGCGACUAGAACCAGGAGAAACACUCAUUGAUGGUACAAAGAGGGAAGUUAAGGAAGAAGCAGGUCUGGAGUGUGAGUUAAAAGCACUGAUUGGUGUUGAAAUAUUAAGCCAUACUUGGAUGAGGUUCACAUUUACAGGCAAAGUAACUGGGGGAAAAUUAAAAACAUUGAAAGAGCAGGAUGAAGAGUCAAUGCAAGCUAAAUAUUUUAGCAAAGAAGAACUACUGGCUUCUAGCACUAAUAUUAGACACAAUGACAUCUACAGGCUUAUUGAACUGGGAAGGAAGUUCUGGGCAACAGAUUUAUCUGGCAACAGUCUACACACUUUACCAGCCAUUGUCCCACACAAACAUCUAAUACACAGAGUUAUAAUAAUUGAUCAUUCUAAUAAUAGUGAAAAAACAAAAAUGCAUGUUUUAGUAAACCUAAAAAAUGGUCCACAUAUUCCAACAGCUCUAAUAAACCAUGGUAGAGAAGCAUCUAUAGCUUUAUCUGUCUAUGCAAUCAUAAGAGAUGCAUUUACAAAAAAUCCAAGCUCUGCGUCUAUAAGGAUGUGUGGAAUAUUAGGCGUUGAGCAUCGUGGUACUGGAGAGCAAGAAGAUGGGAUUUGCAUUACAUCAUUGGUCAGUCUUGAUUUAUCAGAUGGAAUUGAACCCCCGUCAGUGACAUCCUCAAAUUAUAAGUGGUGUUUGAUCAAUGAAAUUGACUUACAGAAGAAAUUAUCAGAUGGAGCAAAGGGAAAAAUUAUCCCUUUACUUUAAUGUUUUAGGUGUAAUAGUUUGUCUAGGUUAUGAAUCUACACUGUGGUGCUGUACUUAAUUUUAACUAUUUACCUGAUAAUGUAUCAUUAUUGAUUACUGCAGUUCUUAUUUUUAAGUAUUAUAAAGCAGUUGACUGGCUUAAUAAGUAUGUGGCACAAUUAUUUCAGCUUAGGUAUAUGUAUUUAUUUUAGUGUAUGUAUUUAACUGUUAUUAAUUCACUUGUUUUGUUAUAACAUUCUCUUUCUAUGAUAGAUAAAUCUUAUUAAAGAUAAAAUCUUCAUGACCAAUAUUUUUUGUUUAUAUUUAAUGGUUUUGUUUUUACUUAAACAUUUUUCACUAGAGCAGGAACAACUUUUCUUUAAUACAAUUUUUUUUAAAAAGUUUUUUAAAAGAUUAAAUUAUUAUAUUAAGCUAACACAUUUUUAAUACAAGAUAAUCAUUUGUUGAUACUUUUGAUGAUAUCAAUUCACUUACAAAUAAGUUUUGUAUUACACUUUUUAAAUAGUAUUUGCACAAUGUGUCAAUUUUAGUUUGAUUUUUAUAUUAUUGUACAAUCCCAUUCCAUUAAGACUUUAUGUUUUCAAAUCAAAACAGAAUCAAUGUUUUAAAGUAAUAAGAAUAUAGAUGUUAACACAAAAUCAGUCAAUCAAAAAUUACAAUAAUAUUAAAAGCUAAUGAAAUUUAUAAAUAUAAGCAACAUGCAUUUUUUUCUUCAUUUAUUUCUUGUUAUUAAUACUGUUGCAAACCCAUUAAGGAACUUACAAUAGAUGUAUAUUGCUUUCUGGAGGUUUUUAAAGACACUUCUGUCUUUUUGUUAUUUACUUGAUUGAAGUUUUAAAAUAAUUUUUGACACAUUUUUUUUUUUUUUUGGUUUGAACUUUGAAAGAUGGGUAUUUGUUUGAUAGAAAUUAUACUGUGAUAUUUCUUUUACAUCCCAUUUUAACAGUAUGCUCAUAACUUUUAGUUUUGUUUAAAAAAAACUAUAGUUUUUUAUAGUUAUUUUACAUUAUUAUUUAUUUUGAAUUAAAUUAUUUAAAAAAUUGA